GCCUUAUGUGUGAAAAUUUCGCGCCGAUAUCUUUUCAUUUACAAUAGGGAACUGUGAAAAACUCUUGCACAUUAAAACUUUUAUAUCUUCACGAGAAAUUAGUAUAAAUUUGUAGUUUUAAUGUUCUAAAUAAAGUAAAUUGAGUGUAUAUAUAAAGGACAAUUAAAAAGUGGAGUGUGUUUUGGGGCGUCUUUUGCUACCACAAGCUUAGCGUCGAAAACGACGAGACAGUGAAGCAGCAGAAAAUUAAAUUGUGGUUGAACACGCAGUGCUCAUACUACGGAGACGGUGAUUAUUCAGUAAACAUUUUAAUAAAUACAAUGGCUCCGGCGAAAAAACGCGAAAAGGAUAAUGCAUUAGCAGCGCCGGCAGCUGCUAUAAGUAAUGUUGCAAACGGAAGUGUCAACUCUGUUAAUGGUGGUGGGGUAUCUUCGGCAACAGCUGCUGCUGCAUCUGCAGUCACUGCAAGUACUGCAUCUAUAAACGUUGAUAAUGUGAAACUCAAUGGACAUCAGCAAGAGCAGGAACUUUUUCUACAAGCUUUUGAGAAACCUACCCAGAUAUAUAGGUUUUUACGCAAUCGUCAUGGCACCAGUCCUAUAUUUUUGAAUCGAACACUUAGUUAUAUGAAGGAUCGCAUGUCGCGAAACAAUAAAAAACGCACAACAUUUAAAGUUAAUUCAAUAUUACAGCAAAUAACACAAAAAGCAGAGAUAGACUCAAAUAAAUAUUUGAAUAUUAUUUACAAUGGGUUAUUUGAUAAAAGUAGUUGCAGCGAUCAAUGGUGGAAUGCGGGAGAGUCGGUUAGUGUAGAAGCUACUCUUUACAAGAUAACAAAAAAUAAACGAAAAGAUAGCACCUCAGACUUUCAGGAAGUGAUGAGUUACAGUUCAGAUGUUGAAUACAAUCCAGAUCAUGAUAUUAGUCGCUUCUCAACUAUCAGUAUUCCGGUACAAUCAAUGCGUCCUCUUGGCGAUCAACACACAAUAUAUAAACUAUUGUUUCGUAUUAAAGUCUUACCAAAAUGUGAUAAAAAUGCAAUUGAUGAAAACACUGAGAAUUGCGAGACACCUUGCAAACGAGGAAAAAUUAGUACGAAAAUCUAUGGAUGCGAAUUGAUAGUAUUUGAGAAGAAUAUAUGCUUUAUACCUGAAGGUGAUUACGAAGCGGCGAUGCAGGAGCUCAAUUCGAUGAGCAUAAAAUCUUUUUCUCCAAAAAAACGAACGUGGGAGACAUUGCCAGACAAUUACAUUCCACUCUCGUUGAAAUUCGACGUUUUCAAUCAAUUUCCAACUCUUAAGUUUCGUCUAACCUGGUCGGCCAAUGAAGUGCCUAGUAGUAUUGAUGCAAAGGAUUUUAACCUUUAUGGCGACUUGGCUUUUAUAAAAAAUGAGGCAAAUGAUAAAAUACAAAACAAUCCAAAUGAGGUCGAAAUGCCAUUCAAUAGCAAUGCCAAUCAAACUAAAAAUAUAGGCACGCAUGUAAAUCAUAAUAAUAAUUGUGUUAAAACCAACGGUGCCAAAAGUGGUAUUGUGCCAGUAUCAGCAAAAGUAGAAAAAAUACAAAUAGUUUAUAAUUUUUUAUAUAGUAACAAUACACGACAACAAACGGAGUACACACAGGAGGUCAUAUGUCCAUGGUGUGGUUUGGAUUGCUUGCGUUUGUAUGCGCUGCUUAAGCAUUUGAAAUUAUGUCAUGCUCGCUUCAAUUUCACAUAUCAACCGGCAGGGAAUGGCGCACGUAUUGACGUGACCAUAAACGAUUCUUAUGAUGGUUCGUAUGCGGGAUCACCGUACGAUUUGGCUGGUCCGUCAGGUUGUUCCUUUGCGCGAACAUGUGGUCCAGUGCGUCGUACAACUGUGACAAAUUUACUAGUCUGCCGCCCGCGUAGACAGAAAACCUGCCUAGACGAGUUUCUAGUGUUGGACGAGGACGAUUUAAGCAAUCAGCGUCCUUACAUUACAGGCCAUAAUAGACUAUACCACCACACGGAGACCUGUUUACCUGUACAUCCCAAGGAACUUGAUAUCGAUUCAGAAGGUGAAAGUGACCCACUAUGGUUACGGCAGAAAACGAUACAAAUGAUUGAUGAAUUCUCCGAUGUAAAUGAGGGCGAAAAAGAAUUGAUGAAGCUUUGGAAUUUACAUGUAAUGAAGCAUGGUUAUGUUGGCGACUGUCAAUUGCCACUAGCUUGCGAAAUGUUCUUAGACUCGAAUGGAUAUGAGAUUAUACGUAAAAAUCUAUAUCGCAAUUUCAUUUUACAUAUGUGUUCACUAUUCGAUUAUGGGCUAGUUUCACCAGAGACAGUCUACAAAACUGUACAGAAGCUACAGGGUAUGUUAAGUAAAUAUCCCGAGGGACAAGAGCUGAUGUCCAAACAGCGUGAAGCUCAAUUGAAAUACUGGCUUGAUGUGGGCAUACAUAAACAAGAUGAACAGAAACUUAAAUCACCACAAAAGCAAACACUAAAGCCUACGAAUAUAUCUGAAGUGUUAGGAACAGCUGACAAUGAUGUCUGUGGUACAAGCAGUGUCAGUAAAAAUACGGAAAACAAACCAAUGCAACCACCAACAAAGCGUUCAGCUACAGCCGUUAAACGUGCCAGUCUGCAUCUACAAAACGGUAACGGCAACAGCACUUCUGAUAAAUUGAUAAAUGGUUGCGGUAGUAAAGGAGUUGCAAAAAAGACUGCAUCUCAAGCUGUUGACGAUCAAGAGCCUCCCGCCAAUACCAGCGCAAAUAGUGGCAGUGCUAAAAUGCCCAGCGAUAAACGUGAGCGUCGUGGUGAGGCUUGCAGUAAUAGUAGACGAAGUAGCACUGCGUCAGCGGCUGUAACGCUAACCACAAUUGACCGCGAUGAAAAUAAUGAGAGCAAAGAUGCGCAAAACCUUGAGCGCCCACAUCGUGGUGGAAGCGUAUCAACAAAUAGUACCACAACUGCCGAAUCGCGUACACAAACAAGUAAAAGACGACUGUCUGUAAAAGUUAUUGAAGAUGUGGAAGGAGGAGGCAAUGGCGGUGAAUGUGGAUAUAUUGGCGCAGAUAAUAAUAGGGAAGCGUUCGAAGCGAAUAAUAAUGCUAGUGACGUCUGUGAUGCUACUGUUAGCAAUAUACCGCAAACUGUCUUCCAAAGUGAAUUGACACAAACUCCUGUUAAAUGUAAAAUAAAUAAUUUAUCAUAUGAUGAUGCCGAUGAUAAUGAUGAUGAGGUUGCAGACGAUGCAAGUCACUUAAAUACUGACACAACUGAACGUGAUGUUCAUGCUGUUGAUGAUGGUAAAGAUAUUGACGAUUAUCUUACUGCCGAAUUACGUGCUGAUGUGACAACAGCGUCCACUAUAACAUCAGAUGCUACAGUAGCCACAACUACUGAAGCGGAUAACGUUCUAUAGGAAAAUGUAUUGGAUAAUGUAUUACUAUAAAUGCAUUUGUUAUACAUAUACACUCAAACCUCAUUACAAGAGUGAAUUUGUACUUACAUUAUAAUACAUAAGUGCAAUUGGUAUUGUUUUGAUUUAGGAAAUGCUAGCAUAUAAUAUGUAUGCGUAUGCGUGAAAUGUUCUACAGAACAUUCUGAAGAACUUUGUCUAAGAGGCUACAGGUUUAAAACUGGUUUCGGAUGAGCGAUUUUUAAAGCGAAUUUUAUCUUUUAGGGAUUAAACAAAUUUCUUUGUCAGUUUUUGAAAUAUUCGAAUGAAACCUGGAACAUAUUUGCAUUUUGAUAUUAUGUAUAUUGAUUAUUUGUCGGAAUCGGGAUUAGCUUUACAAAUGUGUGGGGGUUCAUUGUCUGUCCCAUUGUGAGCUGUAGGGCGGCUGCAAAAGCGUUGGGAUGGCGGCUUGGUUAGUUAGCUGUUCACAAGAAAGUCGGUGUGAGCCAGGACGUAGUCGUGGUGCAACUUCCAAUUCAUCAGCGACCUCU